CUUCACGCAAGAAAUGCGGAGUACAACCCUAAGGUAUUACUUCCCACACCUCCCUGAGCGUGAAAUGUCAGGGGAUUGUGUGGCUGAACUGGUCUUUCUUUCUUCAUAGCGUUUCGCGGCCGUGAUCAUGCGUAUCCGAGAGCCGAAGACGACUGCUUUGAUCUUCGCCUCUGGCAAGAUGGUGGUCACUGGUGCCAAAUCGGAAGAUGAUUCCAAGCUGGCGUCCAGGAAGUACGCGCGUAUCAUCCAGAAGCUCGGCUUCAAUGCGAAGUUUACGGAUUUCAAGAUCCAGAACAUCGUCGGUUCCUGCGAUAUCAAAUUUCCGAUUCGCCUGGAGGGCUUGGCUAGUCGCCACCACAACUUCAGUUCCUACGAACCCGAAUUGUUCCCUGGUCUCAUCUAUCGUAUGAUGAAGCCCAAGAUCGUGCUCCUGAUCUUCGUCAGCGGCAAGAUCGUCCUCACUGGUGCUAAGGUCCGUGAGGAGAUCUAUCAGGCUUUCGAGCUGAUCUAUCCUGUGCUUUCGGAUUUCCGUAAAGUCUAACAGGCUUCAUAUCCCACCCCAACCUUUCGUCGACUUGUAUUAUCAAAACCUUUUGCUUCUGCGUUUUUUCUUUCCAACAUCACGAUUUGUCAUGCUAGCAUCUUUCCGGCGUUAUUAGCGACCUCGAUGUGU